AUGGCUCCUCAACGCACAUCCCGACGAUUGGCAUCUACCUACCAUCGAUUUCCUGAGACUCUGAACGUCUCUCCUCGUCGACACCCUAUGCUACUUCGGAGCAUGGCCACUCCUACCGAUUCAAGCCACUCUAUCGUCCUGGAGACCUCAGGGUCUUUGCCCGCUUUGGAAUCCACUACCAAUUGUUCUGCCGAUCCCCAGAGCGAUUCUUCUCUUAGUCCCCUCCAUUCUUUGAGUGAACUACCUUCGAAGCCCGUGGUCCCGGUCGAGCUCUUGGCAACUACCGACGGUAAUAUCAUUAGAAACAUGGAGAUGUUCUGUACCCGUUCUCAGCGUCUCUACAACGAGCAAGAGGGUUCAUUGAAAUACACAAAAAAGUGUAUCAAUCUUGCGGAACAGCAAUGUGCUGAUUUGAAGAAGAUAAAACAUAUGAGAAACAUCAUUCAAAAGCUCGAUUAUUGCUGUCCUGUUUGCAGAGAUCUUGCCUGGAAUUCUCAUGUCUUAGCUUGUGGACACACUGUUUGUUCGAGGUGUAUCAGCAAUGGGCGGCAACAGUUCGUCGUGUCCGGCAAGGUCUCUUAUUGUCCAGUAUGCCGGUUUCCUGUUUGUCGAAAACCCAUACCGUCUACAGCGAUUCAGUCCGUAGUUGAGCGAAUUGGCAAAGAGACAGGAAUCGAAGCCCCUCCGCAGCAUUACCUUACCUGGCCAGAGUAUCAAAAUCAAUGUUAA